AUGUCGGCUUAUUUACGAUCUGAUGCCCUGGGCAUCGCGGCCAUGACCAUCACAUAUACCGUUCUAUGCCUGAUCGCGACAUUGGCUCUCGGGUUUUUGGUAUGGGUGCACCGCGAACGCAAGAGCUAUGUUGCCAUGUUCGCCUUCUUCAUGACGCUGGCUACAACUGCCGCUCUCGCCCAGCAGUGUCAUCUCCUGGUUGACUGGAGAAAUAUCAAGAUUCGGCAACACUACGUCCGCGUACACCGACGGGGCAAUCCUGAAUUGAACAUCGCCGGCGCCAACUUCGGCGUGGAUCCGGUGCUCUUCUAUAUCCGAUACUACUGCUACAUCGUCGAAGGCAUGUUGGCUGCCUGUUGGGCUACCGAGUUGACUGUGUCGGUCUAUCAAUUACACCCACCACGCCCGUUCCGUCGCUACGGCAGCAAUGUGGCCAAGAUCACCUGUGUCCUAUUCCCCAUAAUCCAACUGGGCCUUCUGCAGUCAAGUAUUGUACAGAGUUCGGUCCCUGGCUUCAUGUUCCUGGCCAACUUCACGAUGGCUAUCAGCUUCUUUGUCGUCAUCGUUCUCCUUUUUGCAACUCUUACCAAAUACAUCAGCACAAAGAGGGCUAUGAUGUCGUGGCACGUCAAGUACGGCGAUGCGUCCAGUGGGAGCGACGGCGUUGUAGCGCCACGCCGCAACAUAUAUGACCAUUGGUUGAUUAUUCGGUUCUCAAUGGCCUUCUUCGUCCUAGGAUCCUUCGAGUUCAUCGUGAUAGCGCUUGAAAUUUGGUCGGCCAUCGAGGAUCGCCAAGCUCCUGGGCCUGGGCCUGACUUUUCAUGGGAGCGCGCCCGGCGAGACUUCUGUCUAUUCAUGCCGGGCGUUACCCCGAGUUUGCUCGCUUUCGCCACUUUUGGCACCACCAGGGUGUUUCGAGAGUACAUGUACAGCAAACUCGUCCCGAAACGAUUCCAGAAGAAGACAGAUCUAGGAUACACAGAAUUCCGUGUCGAGAAUCCCAGCUCGGCUCCAACUCCCCGGCGCCCGAGUCUCGCUAAUGUUGCUCUCGGUUCGAAUUCUGGACGCGGCUCAAGUUAUGGACGAGCAAUGGCCGCCCAGAAUGAGCACGUGAUGGCUUUGCAGAAUUUGGAUUUGGAAAGCGGCCUUGGCAGGCUGAAAGAAUGCGACGACGAGUUCUCACUCUCUUCCAAAAUUCAAGUCACCGAAGUCGUGCGGCCUAAAUCUCAAGAGACAGACUGGGACCAGGAGUCGGCGACGACUGCAAGGGCAGAAUCCAGCAGCUCGAAAAAAUGA